AUGAAAGUCCUCAUUCUCGGGCUUCCCAGGACAGGAACCCAAUCUCUCGCCGACGCGCUGAUCCAGCUCGGCAUCAGCCCCGUCUACCACAUGCGCGAAGUCGGGGUCAACAACCACCAGGACUUUUGGAUCCGCGCCAUCGAGGACCACAUCCCGCCGUUCUCCCCGUCAGAGCUGAAGAAGGCAAUCACUACCACACCCUGGACCCGCGAGCAGUGGGACACCAUCCUCGCGCCGUACGAAGCCGUCUCCGACUUCCCGCCCGCGCUCUUCCCCACGGCGCUGGCGGCCGCGUACCCGGACUGCCCCAUCAUCCUGUCCACGCGCUCGUUCGAGUCCUGGGCGGCGUCGAUGCGCGACACCUUGGUUCAUGGGUUCGUCAACCGCGAUCGGGAGAAGAGGAGCCCGAUGGAGGGGUUGGCGGCUGCGUGA